CGUCAAGUCUCCCCGGAGACUUGUUAUGUAAUCGGGAAAAAUAGUAGACAAAAUUUCUUUACAUAAUUUUUUAGCUAGCUAGCUUUGUAGAGUUGAAAAGGAGGCCAUGGCCAUGUUAAACUGUCCCACAUCGGUGGGGUGAAGAAAACUAAAGAAGUUUAAAUAGUAUUACCCCACUCUAACUAAUACCGAGGCCUUUUGUGAUAAAACCCCACACCUGAGGAUUGUGCAGGUGGUUAAGUGGGGACAGUAUCGGUGUUGUUAGAGUGGGACGGGCCCGGCGAUCCAACAAUUCCAACAUGGUAUCAGAGCCCACGGUUGCGGGCCCGUGCAAGCCAACGAGCUUGUGUGCAAGCCAAUGAGCUUGUCACCACCCGGAAGGAAACAAGUCUAAACUCUUAAUAUAGAAACGACCGCUGAGUUCCAAUUGAAAACAAGUGGGCCCAACGUGAGCCGACCUCUGAGUUUCAAUUACUGAUGUGGAUCUCCACGUGUGAACCACUAAAUGAGGUUACACGUGAGGGGGAGUGUUAAACUGUCCCACAUCGGUGGGGUGAAGAAAACUAAAGAAGUUUAAAUAGUAUUAUCCCACUCUAACUAAUACCGAGGCCUUUUGUGAUAAAACCCCACACCUGAGGAUUGUGCAGGUGGUUAAGUGGGGACAGUAUCGGUGUUGUUAGAGUGGGACGGGCCCGGCGAUCCAACAAUUCCAACAGGCCAUUGCUGGAGGAAUGUAUUGCCACGUCAUUCUUAUCUUGUGCUUAGCUGCAUUGGCCUCUCGAGCCGCUGCCUCGGUUGCCAUUCCUCCGGCUGUGUUCGAUGUUUUCCGUGGUAGUAAUUUGGGUGUCCAUGACACAGCUGAUCCUGAUGAGAAAAUCUUUAACGUGGUGGAUUUCGGCGCCAAGCCUGAUGGGAACCACGAUGCAAGUAUGAAUUUCAUAAAAACAUGGAUUGCAGCAUGUAAGAAUAACACUGACCGGAGAUCAAGGGUUCUGAUCCCACCAGGGACAUACAAGAGUGGGCCAGCGGUAUUUCAAGGGCCAUGCACCUGUGCUAAACCCAUAGUUGUUCAAGUUUUAGGGACCAUAAAAGGCCUGAAUGAUCUGUCCUUAUAUGAAGAGCCAUACUGGUUCUUGUUUGAGAAAGUAGAGGGCUUGGUCAUUACCGGCAAUGGCGUCUUUGACGGACAAGGAUCAAGUGCCUGGAAAGUCGCUGGUGACUGCGGCAGUUCGAGCGACGGUUGCAGUCCACUCCCAUCUAGCAUCAAAUUCAAUAGCGUCUCUAACGGGGUCAUUCGAGGCAUUAGUUCCCUCAACAGCAAAGGAGUUCACCUUUUCAUCACUGACAGCCAGAAUGUUAGGGUUCGCAGAGUGAAUAUCUCUGCCCCUGGAACAAGCCUCAACACUGACGGCAUCCACAUUAGCAACUCCAACAAUGUCAAGGUUGCCAGAACUCACAUUGCCACUGGUGAUGAUUGCAUCGGCAUGAUUCAGGGAUCCACCAACAUUGCCAUCAACAACGUAAUCUGUGGCCCCGGACAUGGCAUUAGUGUCGGUAGCCUUGGCAAGUAUGAGCACGAAAAUGACGUGAAAGGGAUCACCGUGAAGAAGACAACAUUUUUGAACACAGACAAUGGGAUUAGAAUCAAGUCAUGGCCAGGAUCGGGUCCUAGUCUGGCAUCAGGCAUGGUUUUCAAGGACCUCAUCAUGCAGAAUGUUAGGAACCCUAUCAUUAUUGACCAAGAGUACUGCGCUGGGGGAUGCGACAAGAACCAGCCAUCGCGUGUGCAGAUCAGCAAUGUUCAUUACAUAAACAUCAAAGGGACAACACCGUCAAAUGUGGCAGUAGAUUUCAUUUGCAGCAGCCAGGUUCCUUGCCAAAACAUCCAGCUUCACGACAUUGAUUUGAAGUAUACUGGUCCAAAUGCUGCAGCUCUCACCUCCGUAUGUAAAAAUGUAAAAGCUGGUUUUGGUGGCAUACAAAACCCACCAGCCUGCCAUUGAGAGUUGAGCUCCUGAAGUUGAUCAUAACACCCUUGACAUGUCCUGCUUAUCUAACUACUUAUAUUUAUAUCAUUGCUGCCGGGGAAUGAGAAGGAGAGCAUUUGAUGCCUCUGGGGAUGGAAUGAUGCAUGUACUAAAAGUUAAUAUUUGUAGCAUCAGUGGCAUAUUAGGCUUUGAUGACCAGCGGGGGCCAUGCGCCCCUCCCCACUCCCACCCAC